AUGGCGGUGGUCCGAACCAUGAGCACCAAAAGGGGGCCUGCAUCUUCUACCACACAGGGUACAGGCAAGUUUUGCUUUGGGAGGAAUAUCCCGCCGCAGUUGCUGCUUCUGCUCUCUUACCCCGAUACUGGAUCUGGCGUCUACUGCCAACUUCCACUAUCUGCGGUCGCCGUGGCCACCAACUCUGAUCUGAUUCUCGGUGACGUCUUCGUUUCGAUCAUCGAAUACAACGCCACAUCAUCACAACCAUUUGAGGUCGUGACGCAGGCCCACCUCGGCCACCCACAAGUCCGCAAAAGCGCUGCCGCAGUGCCGGGGGUGGGAUUCGAAAUUCGAGCUAAAAUUUCGAGGAUAACCACUGCGCAUCUCGCCUUCCAGAGCAUUGGAGUAAUCUACGGUGACAUCGGGACAUCGCCACUGUACGUGUACGCAAGCACACACGUCUUGAAUAAGACGGACGACGCAGGCAAUUUCAUCCCUGCGUUGAACGACGACAUUCUGGGUGUGCUUAGCCUCAUCAUCUACACUUUUACGCUCAUUCCCCUCAUCAAGUAUUGUUUCAUUGUCCUUCAGGCCAACGACAACGGCAAUGGUGGGACGUUUGCUCUCUACUCACUGAUAUGCCGCUACGCGAAGAUCAACUUGGCCACCAAUCAAGCUCCAGAGGAUCGAGUUCUUUCCACUUACCAGCUGGACCUCCCAACGCAAAAUGCGAAACGUGCAGCAAAGAUCAAGGAGUAUCUCGAGAGGAGCAGGUUCUGGAAGAAUCUCUUGCUGACUGUGGCACUGGUCGGGACGUGCUGUGUCAUCGGCGAUGGCGUCCUGACCCCUUCCAUCUCAGUGCUCUCAGCCGUGUCAGGACUCAAGGUCAACACACCAACAAUAUCAAACGAUGUGGUGGUCGAGGUGUCCGUCGCAAGCUUGGUGGUGCUGUUCGCCAUUCAGAGGUUCGGUACGCAUAAAGUGGGCAACAGCUUUGCGCCUUGCAUUUGCUUGUGGUUCGCCUGCAUUGCACUCAUCGGCAUUUACAACAUCAUCAAAUUUGACCCCUCCAUUUUCAAGGCGUUCAACCCUUACUACAUCAAUUCGUUUUUCAAACGCAACAAGAGGGACGGAUGGGUCUCGCUUGGAGGUGUUGUUCUUGCAAUUACAGGGUCGGAAGCCAUGUUCGCCGAUCUUGCUCACUUCUCCGUAGCAUCAAUUCAGAUCUCUUGCACCAUUGUGGCAUACCCUUGCUUGAUUCUAGCUUACAUAGGCCAAGCUGCAUGGCUCAUGAAGCAUCAGGAUAUGGUUAGCACCACGUUCUAUUCCUCAAUUCCAAAGCCCGUGUACUGGCCCAUGUUCGUAGUGGCGACUGCAGCUGCCGUUAUUGCUAGCCAAGCCAUGAUUUUGGGAGUCUUUUCCAUUGUUGUCCAAUCAAUGGCUUUGGGAUGUUUCCCACGAUGCAAGAUUGUCCACACAUCUCCCAAGUAUGAAGGCCAAAUCUACAUCCCUGAAAUAAACUGGGCCCUCAUGGUAAUGUGCAUAAUUGUUACUGCGGCGCUUCAAGACACAGCCAAGAUCGGCAAUGCGUAUGGUGUAACUGUGGUGGCCGUUAUUUUCAUGACAACGUUCUUCGUGUCGUUCAUCAUGCUCAUGAUCUGGCAAAAGAACUUGUGGCUUACUCUCGCUUUCUUUGAUUUCUUCGGCGCCAUAGAGUUGGUAUAUUUCUCUUCUGUGAUGUACAAGAUCCCGCAAUAUGGUUGGAUUCCAAUUGCGUUUGUGACAGGGCUCAUUUCAAUCAUGUACACUUGGUACUACACCCGGAAGGAGGCAUUCAAAUAUGAAGUCAACAACAAGCUAUCAAUGAACUGGUUGCUGGGGCUCGGCUCAAACCUGGGCAUUGCUCGUGUUCCGGGGAUCAGCCUCAUCUACACCGAACUACCACAGGGUGUACCUGGCAUAUUUGGGCACUUGAUUAGCAACCUCCCCGCCAUGCACUCCACCCUGAUUUUGGUCUGCAUCAAGAAUCUGCCCAUGCCUACAGUUCCUGCGGAAGAACGCAUCCUGCUCCGCCGAGUGGGUCCCCCAGCCUAUCGUAUGUACCGGUGUGCUGUGCGAUACGGCUACAAAGAUGAUGAUGGUCGUGGUGCCGAACUUGAAGACGAACUCAUGAGCAGCCUCGAGGAAUUUCUUCGAGCUGAGGCCGCAGGAGCAUUGCAACUAGAAUUGGCCUCGAAUCCUGCCAAUGAAGAUUGCAGAGCACUCGAAGACUACCAAGCAGGAGGAAGCCUUGUUACGGGUGCCCACGACAAGGGGCGGAAAACUGACCACGACAUUGAGAUUGACAGCAGGGCGCAAAGGAAGAUUGAGGGUCUGCAGCAAGCCAGACAAAACGGUGUAAUUUACAUCCUUGGGCACACAAAUUUGCGGUGCAAGUCGGAAUCAAAUUUCCUUCGAAAGUUCAUUAUUGACGACUACUAUGGAUUCCUGCGUCGCAACUGUCGAAGCAUCAUCGAUACCUUCGAUAUCCCCCACACUAAUUUGUUGCAAGUGGGUAUGGUGCACUAUAUCUGA